AUGCCAGCCACUGCCUUUAACCCACCCGCUGCCGAUCUUCCCGGCAAGCCCUUUGUCCCUGGAUGGAUUCCACCUCCAGUGACAAAAGAAAAAGAGAACUUCGCCGACCUUCAGUCAAUUGACUUGUCAUUGCUUGAUUCUGAGGAUCCUGCAGUCGUUGAUGAUCUAAUUCAACGAGUCAAGGCGGCUAUUCGGGAUGAUGGCUUUUUGUUCUUGGAGAAUUAUGGGGUAUCUUUGGAACAGCUUCAUCGUCAAUUCAGUCUUGCUCAGUACCUUUACAACAAUAUCAGUGACCAGGAUAAGGAUCGUCUUAUCUUCAGUCCUGAGACCGGCGUCUGGUCGGGCUACAAACAUCCUUAUGGAUUCAAGAGAGAACGCGGUCCUGCCGAUGGGAUCGAGCAAUUCAAUUGGUACAAGCCCGAAUGGGAUAACUUGGAUCGCAUUCCAACAUGCUUGCAUCAAUUCAUGGACGAGAUUGAAUCAUUUUGCAACUACCUUACCCAGUCCGUGAACCACCGUCUUCUGACAUUGUUUUCACGCGUGUUGGAGCUUCCCGAUGACUACCUUUGGGAGAAUGUGCAGUCUCAUGGCGGCCCGACUGGAGAAGGAUAUUUCCGUCACGCCCUUUUCCGACCGGUUCAGAAGCAAACAGAGGAAGCAUCGAAAGGACUUCGUAUGCAUGGUCAUACAGACUUUGGGCUAACGACCUUGCUUUUCUCUGUUCCCAUCUCUUGCCUGCAGAUUUGGGGCCGUGACGAAAAGUGGUACUAUGUGCCCUACAAGCCAGGUGCCCUUGUUGUCAAUAUCGGCGACACUUUAGAAAUUGUCUCUGGUGGCCAUUUCAAGGCCACUCGUCAUCGUGUCUUUAAGCCGCCGGUAGAUCAAAUUCAUGAGGAGCGUCUCUCUCUGGUGCUUUUCAAUAGCUCGGUUGGAGAUUUACGCAUGACACCAGCGCAGGAAUCACCGCUCAUUCAACGAGAGGGUUGUAUCGAAGAGCAAGGUGUUUAUAAAGAGUUCAAGAAGCUUACAUCGCAAGGAAGACUUGUGCCAACAAAUCGACAAUGGCGUGAGAUUCAAAUUGCCACCGCAACAGACCCAACGGAUACUGUGAGAAACAAAGUUGGUGCCGAUCAGGUUCUGAUUGAUGGCAAAAUCAUGCAUCAACGCGAGUAUAUGGGUGUCAAGGUGGUUCUACCUGUGUAG